GGUCAAUGUGCAUCAAAACCCUAGUCCACAGCUCAUAUUAAUGCUCUUUCACCCUCCAAAAAUACUUUCGUUGCUUCUCUCUGCCGCUGUGCUCAACAAAUUCUUCCAAUCCCAAUGGCUUCGGAGAAGAAACUUUCAAACCCCAUGAGGGAAAUCAAGGUUCAGAAACUCGUCCUUAACAUUUCCGUUGGUGAAAGUGGCGAUCGUCUCACCAGAGCCGCUAAGGUGUUGGAACAACUCAGUGGCCAAACCCCAGUGUUUUCAAAAGCUAGAUACACUGUUCGUUCCUUUGGUAUUAGAAGAAAUGAAAAGAUCGCAUGCUAUGUCACUGUUAGAGGUGACAAGGCAAUGCAACUUUUGGAGAGUGGUUUGAAGGUGAAGGAAUAUGAACUGCUGAGAAGAAACUUUAGUGAUACAGGGUGUUUUGGAUUUGGUAUUCAGGAGCAUAUUGAUUUAGGAAUCAAGUAUGAUCCUUCAACUGGUAUUUAUGGAAUGGACUUUUAUGUUGUCCUGGAGCGCCCUGGUUACCGUGUGGGACGCCGUCGUCGUUGCAAGGCCCGUGUUGGUAUCCAGCAUCGAGUCACAAAGGAUGAUGCUAUGAAGUGGUUCCAAGUGAAAUAUGAAGGUGUGAUCCUCAACAAGUCACAGGCGAUUGUUUAGUUAUUUAGGCUAAUUGACAAAGCAAUUUGCAAGUUUUGUUAAUUAUAAUAUGAUGUUUCUUAAAUCGGUAGUUUUAAAUUUCUUGAACAUUUGUUUCUUAUAUGGACUAUUUUAAGGUAUUUAUUUCUUAUCCUGUAUUUUAUUGUCUUAAUUAUGAAUUGAAUAUUAUAAAUUUUGCAUUCAACUAUGUUUGAAGAACAUAUUUAGAAA